AUGGCCACCAAGCACGACUCGUCUGAAACUUUUGAGCUGACAACUCCGUCAUUACACUCUUCGAGAGACCCGUUGUGGGCCGGAACCUCGCUGGACCGACCGGACACAGUUGUUGCGCGUCGCCGGGAACCAGGGAAACCCCUCGAUAUUGGUCGCUAUGGCUUCGGCGUGCUUUCACUCGGCACCCUCCUCAUCGGUGGUGCAAUUGCCCUCUUGUGGUUUCUAUGGAAGGCCGACGACCACAACCGAUUUUGGCGGUGGAUAGUUGCCGAAGGGCACAUCGCUCAGGCCAUAGCGUUGACAGCUCUUGUCAUCCGUUUUGCUGUCUUCGCGCAGGCGGCGCUGUGUACCUCGAUGCUCGCAAAUCUGGCACUGCACAAGUUUCAUAUCACACUUCCUCACUCUGUGCCGGUGACUCUCUUGCAGCAACAGAAUAACGGGCCACAUCAGCUUGUCGUCAAUCUUUUUGAGUCCUGGAAGAAAGGAAAGGCCGGGAUCGUGGGUCUGUUGGCAGUAUCCCUCGUGUUGACGACAACGGCUGUGCAGUUCACCUCGACGAUCCUCCUGUCUGACUUGCAGAUCAGCCCCAUAGCAGACUUGGUGCGGACCUCGUUAAUCCCAUCCACUCUGAAUUGGGAUGCUGGUAUCUCUUCCCAAGCAACCUGGUCAGGCGAAGGGUACAUGCUCCUAGCACCCGCCCAGUAUCCCGCCUUCGCCGAAUACUCGGAAAACAAGGCUAUUCAUGAAACGGUCGACGGUGUGCACGACACAGGGAUUGUGAUGCGAGCGUUCAUGCCGGUAACGCAGAAGAGUCCGCGGGAGAUGCUCCGUAGUUACGAAGGAAAAGCCACCGUUUUGGACUCUCGGGUGGUCUGUGCACGGCCGAUCGUCAGGCACCCCUCCAUUGAUCUCGGGAAUAUCGACGAAUGUGCUGGCCCAAGAGUCAGCGGGGACAUCUCGAUCGACCUAGCCUCAGUUCCGCGAUUCCGCUAUCAUGAAAACGUCAGUGUCACGGAGAGCUUCAGCUGCAGUACAGCAGUGCCCAACGCACGGCAGCCCUCGGAGUGGUCGUUAAUGAGCUGCCCCGUAACUCAAACAGCCGGUAUUAUUUCAGCCAUGGACAGUAUUGAGGAGGUGCUCGACCCAAAUAGUGGCACUCGGUACGGGAUGAACACAUAUAUGCUGUAUGGCGUAGGCCAGGCCUAUCUCCUUGUCAACGCCACUGGCACUUGGGGCCGCUGGCUCAAUUACUGCAAGCGACGGAAGAUCUUCGAUGACGACGGCGGCGGGCCCAUUGUGUCGAAUCUCAGUUUGGUAUCUGAACAAGACUUCGUUGGUAGAGGUGAAUGGCUCGACAUCCCCACGAACGACCCACAGAUCACCUUCUCGUUCUCUCUCUGCUACAGCGCCUUCAAUGUGGCAGAUCGCACUGUCAGCAUCACGAGCUGGCGGAAUCGUACCGAGCCGAGCAUUGAAUGGGACUACGACAAUCGCACGUUCAGCACGGAGGGGAUUCGUCGCCAGAUGGGGACGGUCAGAAUCAACAAGACCAAUCCUUCGCUCACGAUCAACGAUACACUCACAGAACGUGGGAUCCUCACUCUCGCGCCGCCAGCGUCAAAUUCUUCAGCCUCGCAUGUAGGGGCCGAUGGUUGGGUCUCGAGCACUGACAUGAGACUCCAAUCGCGGACCGGGCAGGCAAUCCUACUGAACGCAAACCUUGGAUGGAAGAAUGCCGCGCUCAGGUUCUGCCUGGACUGUCAGCCCUCGUUCGGCAACUCUUCAUCGAUUGCCAAUGCAGGGAGUGACACUUCAAAAGAGCCUUCUUCACUGCAUCCACACCAUCUGAGCCUAAUGAGCACGACACUCAAAGCCACGAGACACCCUGCCUUUGCGUUGCAGAGCGCGUUCACCAAUUUGUUCUCGAUGGCGUACCAGGAUCUGGCGCUGAAAUUUGACGAGCGGGAAGAGGUCCAGUCAAGUAGUUUCGUGCUGGCACUGAGACCGAUGACGUGGACAGCGUUCGCCAGUAUACUGAUCUUGCUGAUGGUUCAUCUUGCCCUGGUCAACACUGUGACCAUCCUCUUCGCAAGCCAAGGGGAAGGUGUGAUAGGCGGCGGCUGGGCGAGCGUCAACCAACUUCGCAGCGACUCCUUGAACGGGUGGAUUGAUGGCCAGGUGGCGGGAAAGAGGGAUCGAUGGGUGGGAGAGGAGAUGAAGCGUCAGGGCGAGGCAGGAAAAUGGGUUGGAGUGGGGGUCAGUGGGCGCAUUGAGGCUCUGGGGGUCAAGGCACCGGGGUCUGAUCCGUGA